GGCGCGCUGGUGAUCAUCUACGAGGAUCACAAGCACAUGAGCGCGCUGCGGGUCGAGCCGGGCAAAACGCUCAACAACCGCUUCGGCGCCUUCCGGCACAAUGAUAUGGUGGGCCGGCGGUACGGCGCGCAGCUACUCUCGCUCGACGGGAGAAAGUACGUGUACCUGCUUCGCCCGACACCGGAGCUGUGGACCGCCUCGCUCUCCCACCGCACCCAGAUCCUCUACAUCGCCGACAUCUCGAUGAUCUGCCUCCAGCUCGAGCUCGGACCCGGCGCCGUCGUCGUCGAGGCAGGCACCGGCUCCGGAUCGCUGUCGCACGCGCUCGCCCGCGCGGUGGGGCCGACCGGCCGGCUGCACACGUACGAGUUC